AUGAGGGGAUACCUAAAAACCUUAGGAUGGGUGUUUAAACUCCAGCCCAAAACUACAACAGUGGGAAAGCAUGAGGAUUCGGACCUGUGCUUGCAGAACGGGGGUGUGGAAGAGCACCAUGCCCUGAUCGAGCACAGCGAAGCCGACCGCUGCUUCGUGCUGCACGACCUGAACUCCACCCACGGCACCUUCGUCAACGGCUGCCGCAUCCACAAUGCCGCCGUGCGUCUGGCCCCGGGCGACGAGCUGCAUUUCGGCUACGGCGGGCCCGCGUAUCAGCUGGCGGUGGACACCGCCUCCCCGCGGGUAGCCUGGCAGACCCCACUGCAGCUGAUUGAGGACUCCAGUCCAGUGUCUGCCCCCCCUAACAUGCCCUCCCAGCUCCCCCUCCUGCCCGGCCAGCCUUCCACCAGCAUGGCCUGGAUACAGGGGGGGCCUACCGCCCCUCGCCCCCCCAGCAAGGCCCGACCAGUCAGCGCAGGAGCCAAGAGGGCAGGGCUGGGUCACUCCACUGAGCCGGAGGUCCCCUCUGUCAGACCAGGAAGUGGGAGUGGGAAUUCCGGAGCAGCGCGCUCGCAUAGAAGCACAGUGACAUCACAGAACGCUCAAACUCUGCAGCACCUGCUACAGGAGAAGGAGGAGAGGAUCCUGAGGCUGGGGGACGAGGUCAGCCGCCUGGCGGUGUUCGAGGGCGAGUCGUGGCGGAAAGACGGGGUGAUCGCGGGGCUGCGGGACGAGGUGUCCGCCCUCCGCCACCAGGUGGCGCUGAACCGCGUCGAUCCCGAGAUCAGCAGCAAGCUGCGCAGCCUGGAGAGGGACGUCGGUGAGAAGAAGGAGCAGAUCCAGCAGCUGAAAGAGCAGAUGGUAGAGCUGCAGAACGGGUCGAGUGAGGUGUUCAAACACUCGCUGGCGGAACGGGACCUGAAGAUCGCCAAUCUGAGGACUCAGGUGGAGAAGCUGAAGAAGGACAGCAGCAUGUCUUCAGGUCUGGCGACCAGCCUGCAGAGAGACCUGUCGGCCCGGGAGAAGCAGGCUCUCAAACUGGCCGCCGAGGUGGAUAAGCUGCGACAGGACAUCCGGCACAAGGAUGCACAGCUGGGAGCCCUGUCAGCCAAGUUUUCCAGGACGAGAGAGAAUAAGAGUCACCAGGAGGAGCUGCAGGCGCGUGAGAAUGACAUCAUCGCCCUGAGGAAGAGGGCGGAGAAGCUGGAGCAGACCCUGACGGAGCGGCAGACGGAGCUGCAGAGGCAGGGUGCGGAGCGGGACUCGCUGAAGAGCAGGCUGGGCGAGGAACGGCAGCUGGAACGCCUCCGGAGCAGAAUCAUCCAGGCCACCUACUCUGCCCCUGGGGUCUCCCCUCCACAGGACACUGUGUCAGACCAGGAGGUGAUAGACCAGAUGACAGAAAUUAUCGAGGAGAAGGAGGCGUUGGGGACCAGGCUGGGAGAGCUGGAGGAGCAGAAGAAGGAGGUGGUGGAGGAGAGGGAGGCGCUGCGGGCCAGGGUGCAGGAGCUGGAGGAGCAGCUGAAGGAAGGCUCAGCGGAUCAGGACAGGGCAGCUGAAGAGGCAGGGAGACUGAGGACCAUGCUGGAGGAGUGCACGACUCGCUUGCAGGAAGCACGCUCAGCUCCUGCCCUCCAGAGCGAGAUCUCCACUCUGCAGGGUCAGUCUGUUCCCCCGUCACUGACCUGGGUACAGUCUGCUGCCCUCUCCAUGCUGGGCGGCCAGCUGGCACGGCUACAGGAAGUCGCACAGGCCCUGCAGGAUGCUGGGAUAGAUAUGUCGGACUUUGCUGAAGGAGCCCCUGGUGGCAUCAGAGCCCUGUGGAAUCAGAGCCAGGAGCGUGAGGUGGAGCUCAGAGCCCUGCAGGCAAAGCUGCAGGAGGUAGAGGGAGGUCAGGAUGCCCUGGUCCAGAGCAAGGAGGCGAAGAUUAAAGAGCUGCAGGACCAGCUGAGUGCCAUGAGGGAGGAGCUGGAGCAGCAGAGACAGCAGGGUGUGGAAGCCCGUGGCCAGGAGGAGGAACUGCAGCUCCAGCUGGAGGAGGCGAGGAGGGAGCUGGAUCUGGUUAGAGGAGCGGAGGCUGCCCUGCGGGAGGAGACCCAGGCCAAGGAGGUGCAGUGGCAGGCCAGGGUGGAGGAGGCGGAGCAGAAGGGGGCGGAGAUGGAGAGGGGGCGUUACCGUGUGCAGGAGGCGGAGUACCGGGAGCAGGUCCGCCAGCACGCCCACACCAUCGUGGACCUGGACCAGCGGCUGGCCAGGGUGACGCAGCACAUGAGGGAGGGGGAGGAGGAGAAGAUGGAGAAGAAGCUAGAGGGCAGUACACCUGAGCCAGGUCCCAUCCCGCCUCAGCCAAUCAGAGACCCUGAAGUGGUGGCCCUGGAGGAGAAUGUCACCCUGCUCAGGGCUGAGCUGGCCAAGGCACAGGAGGAGGUUGUUGCCCAGGGAGACGUCAUCGCCGCGCUGAGCCGCGACCUGGCCGUAGCCAACGCCCGGAUGUCUGACAUGACAGGGGAGCUUAGCGAACAGCAGAAGGUGGAGCUGGAACAGCACAGGGCCCUGCUGGUCAAUCAGAAGGUCGAACUGAGCAUGCUCACCCAGAAGCUGGCCCAGAUGUCACAGCUGGUGGACCAGAAAGGGGAGGAGCUUCAGAGAGUGAGGGAGGAGCUCAGGCAGUGUCAGGAGGAGCUGCAGAGGCGUGUCCAGGCUGAGAAAGAGAGGGAGGAACAGGCUGACCACAGCCCCGCCCUCAUCCAGACACCAGCAAGCACACAGGGUGAAGCAGCCUUGGCGGCGGCUGCUGCUGAUUUGGCAGACCAGGGGUCAAAGUGCAGAGGUCACAGGCAUGAGGAAGUGAUCCAGCGUCAGCAGGAAGCACUGGCCGAGCUGAGGGCUAGGGUCAAAGCCCUGGAGCAGACGGCACCCAUGAUGUCCUCCCCAGAACUGUGCAUCCAGCAGGUGGCGCUGAUGAGGAGGGAGCUGUGUGAGCUGAGGGCCCAGAAGGCCAUAGCGCAAAGAGGGACCAUCAACUCUAUGUCUGGCCCCCUUCUCUGCGGAUCUCUGGCUGAAGACACCUUGGAGCACACAGCCCGACUGGACCUGUCUGAUGCCCUGGACCUGAGUGAGAGAACAUACCUGGACCUGGCCAGGGCGCUGUGUGAGGCCCUGGAGCUGGGGGAGGGCCAGCUCUCGGGCUGCGCCUCCCUGAAGCACCUGCCCCAGGACGAGAGGGAGAAGCUGGCCUCCCACCGGCAGAGGGACCAGGGCCUGCUGCAGGCCCGUCUGGGCCUGCUCCAGAGCCAGGCCCGGCGUAGAGAGCAGCUGCUGCAGGAGUACCAGAAGGACAUGUGCACUCUGAGGGAGAGCCAGGCAGCAGGCCAGCAGCUGCAGGCCAAACUGGACUCCCUGAGGGCAGAGCUGCAGACGGAGUGUCAGGAAAGCUCCCUGCUUCGUGAGGCCCUGCGGCGCACACAAGCCCGUCUGGAGCAGGAGAUAGGCCUCAACAGAGCAGUCAAGGAGCGCAAGGCGCUGAGCGCGGAGCGUCCGGAGAAGAGAAGCACGAGAACGCCCUCCCACAGCUGCGUCCAGGACGAGAUCCGAGACAAGGCUGCAGCUAAGAAGGCCAGCCUGCAGGAGAAGCUGAGGAGGAGGGAGUACGAGAUCGAGGUGCUCAAGCAGCAGCUGAGGAGGAAGGACCAGGAGCUCUGCAGCGCCACCUCCAGGCCAGCCGGCAUACUGCAGGCCCCGGUAGCCUCGGAGGCCAGCUGA